AUGUCUUUGAAGCAGGAAAUCGAGACGUGGGUUGCCGCCCUUGCGCGGUACGACAACAAUGAAUUCGACGACGCCCUGAACGAGUUCGACAAGAUUGGCGACACAAGCAAGAUCCUCUUCAACAUGGGCGUGAUCCACGCUACUCUCGGCGAGCAUGAGAAGGCCGUGGAAUGCUACCAGAGGGCUGUCCGGUUAGAUCAAUACCUCGCCGUGGCCUACUUCCAACAGGGCGUGUCGAAUUUCCUGCUCGGCGACUUUGAGGAGGCAUUGGCCAACUUCAACGACACGCUCCUCUACCUUCGCGGCAACACGAUGAUUGACUAUGCGCAGCUCGGCCUCCUCUUCAAGCUCUACUCGUGCGAAGUGCUCUUCAAUCGCGGCCUGUGCUACAUCUAUUUGCAGCAAAAGGAGCCAGGCAUGCAAGACCUGACGUAUGCGGUGAAAGAAAAGGUGGUGGAGGAUCACAACGUGAUUGAUGAGGCGAUCCAGGACGAGGCAGAUGGAUACACAGUCUUCUCGAUACCCGUCGGCGUCGUAUACCGACCGAACGAGGCCAAGGUUCGCAACCUCAAAACCAAAGACUACCUCGGCAAAGCCCGUCUCGUGGCGGCAUCGGAUCGCACCAAUGCUUUCACCGGCUUCGCUGGCUCCGAGAUCAAGAAUUCCGCACGCGCUGAAUCACGGGACGACCGCCCGCCCGACAACAUCUCCUUCGCCGCCUCGAAUCUCGUCAGGCCCGGCCUGCAAUCGCGCCGACAACAGUCGGAGCCUCCUGGCAAUCGUAAUAUGUUCCCGCCAACACCACCUCCCGAGGCUGAAGCCCGCUUACCCUCCCGAGGCGCCUCCGUCCGCAACGGCACCAAGCCGCAGCUCGCCAAGCUCAACAUUGCCCCCGUCUCGUCCAAGGGGUACGAGAAGGCCGCGUCUCCGCCAGACGCCCGGCCACCCCCGUCGUCGUCCUCGCGCGCCCCGGCGCGGAACAUGUCACAGCGCGGUCAAGCACCCGCAGCGCAGCAGUGGAAACAGACGCAGGCUAAUAUUGCCGAGGAGCAAUACCCGGGCGAGGUAUACGACAUGUACCGGCCUCCCCAGGGCCCCUCCCGCCGGGGCAGCAAUCGACAGCCGUCCGCGCCACCGUCUCGGUACACAAACGACGAUGACCCGGCCUCGGAUUACGACGACGCCUCGGUCAAUGAAGAUGACUUUGAAAUGCUCCCCGUUCGAAGGGCGGCAACGGGUGCGUCGUCGACCACAUCCUCCAGCACGCGCUCUCGUCGUGGUCCCGACGUGAAGAAGAUUCGAGUCAAAGCGCAUGCCGCAGACGACGUGCGGUACAUCAUGGUCGGCAUCGCCGUGGAGUACCCCGACUUUCUCGACCGAGUGCGUGACAAGUUUGGACUCGAGGGACGACGGUUCAAGAUCAAGAUUAAGGACGAGGACAUGCCCGAUGGUGAUAUGAUCACCAUGGGCGACCAAGAUGAUCUGGACAUGGCCAUGUCGAGUGCGAGAUCCCACGCCAGGAAGGCGAGGCAGGAAAUAGGAAAGCUGGACAUUUGGAUCUUUGAAAUGUAG